AUGGCGGACCUGGGAGAGCACCUGUCGACAUUUGCUUUAACUGUGGACAAGUUGGACACUGGGCAAGGGAUUGUCAAUCCCCACCAGGAGAAUAACUCCAGCAGCGUGAGUUCCGCAGACCCCAUGCUGCCAGCGAAGGUUGGAGAAGAACACAUGAACUUUUUAGUCGACACUGGAGCUACAUAUUCCACUAUAAUCAAUCAGCCAUCUGCCUCUUUGCUGUCGACUAAGACUGUGUCACUAAUGGGUUUCUCAGGGAAGGAACAGUGUCUGCCGAUGACUUUACCACUUCCGGUGAAAGUUGGAAACCAGAAACUGCAUCAUUCAUUCGUAUGGUCUCCAUCUACACCUGUCAAUUUGAUGGGAAGAGACUUGUUGGUUAAACUGGGAGCCGCAGUGCUUUGUGGACCUCAAGGUUUGACUGUUACCUUUCCAGACGGUUCUUCUCUAGCAUGUGGUCACACUUUCCAGGAUGGACAAUAUCUGGUUCGGCCUGUGGGGGAAGAGUUUGCUGACAUCUACUGGGGACUCUUAACAGAACCUGCUGAAGCUGGUGUUCUCUCGGUGUUCCAGCUGUGGAAGCCUUGGAUUCAAAGCCUAAGUUCCUACCUGACUCCACCUGAUCCUCCACACGUCACUCUGUUCUACGACAGAAAUCACGCAGAUUGGUAUGAGGAAUCAUUUGCUGCAGACCUUGAAGGUAAUACAUGGACAGUCACAUCUAAGAACAUAUAUGUGGCCCCUGAGGGGGUGGCAGCCGCAGUGAUGUUAACUCCUGAACAACAGCAAUGGUAUAUGAUGUCAGAUGAAGCAUUUCCUCAUAUUUCUCUUUCUCUCCAUUCUGAGCGACAGGCCAGUGAAUUAGGAGGGAUGGUUAAGCGUUCCCUCCAGACUACUGAUUGGGCACGGACCAGCGUCCCAGGUUUGCUGUUUUCAAAUUCCACUAACACAUAUCAGAUUGUUUGUGAUGUCUCUGACAAAGUUCUUUUGAAACAUGAGCUUUUGACUCGACACCAUGGCAGGGAACGUACCGACCAUCAUAAAGCAGCAGAGAUGUUGGAUGCUCUCCCAUCACAACUCUGGGCAACUAGUCCCACGGAUGUGGGAUUAGUUUCAUGUGCUCCAGUUUCAUUUCAGGUUGCGACUGACUCUCCUAUUUGGGUGAAUCAGUAUCCACAUAAACCUCAAGCGGAGGAAGGCAUUGCUGAUACCAUCGCGGGCCUUUUGACAGCUGGAGUUUUAGAACCCUCUGUAUCAGCCUGGAACACACCCAUUUUGCCGGUGGAAAAGAAACAAACUGGUAAAUAUCGCAUGGCACAUGAUCUUAGAGCUGUAAAUUCUGUUUUGAAGACACCUACAAUCCCUGUACCUAACCCAUAUGUGGCCAUUUCCAGUUUGGAGCCCUCUCAGCAGUGGUACACAUGUAUCGACUUGGCGAACGCAUUUUUCUGUCUUCCUUUGGCUGAAGAAUGCAGAGACGUUUUUUCAUUCACUUAUAAAGGUCGCCAGCUGCGUUACACCAGACUGCCACAGGGAUUUGCCCUAUCACCAGGUAUCUUUAAUCAGGUUUUGAAAGAUGUUUUGCAGACAUGUCCUCUGCCAAGAAACACCACCCUUAUUCAGUACGUGGACGAUCUGCUGUUGGCUUCACCAACUGCUGAGAUCUGUCUUCAGGCUACAGAACUGGUUCUGAGACACCUCCAUGAACAUGGGUUCAAGGUCAGUAAGGAUAAACUGCAAAUUGCCAGAAAACAGGUUUCUUUCCUGGGCCGUGUCAUCUCCGCAGGAACAACCAGCAUGUCCUCCAGUCAUAAACAGAGCAUUUUGUCACAUCCUAAACCGCUGCGCGUGAAAGACAUGCUGUCUUUUCUGGGAUUGACUGGUUACAGCCGUAACUAUAUUCCCGGCUAUGCAGACCUGACGCAGCCUUUGAGGGACCUCGUGAAGGCGCAAGGUAUGAGAAAACUAAAUAAUGUUUUGAUUUGGACUCAGGAAGCGGAAGAAGCAUUUGUUCUGCUUAAACAACGACUUGCAUCUGCUGCUGAAUUGACUCUUCCAGACUACUCUAUCCCAUUUUUUCUUGAUGUUUCUGCAACCAGAUUUGCUUUAAAUGGCAUCUUGUUUCAGAGAAGAACAGGUGAGAGAAAAAUUUUGAUGUAUAUAUCGGUCAUGUUGGAUAACGUGGAAAAACGUCACCCCCAAUGUACACAAUAUGCAGCAGCAAUAGCCAGAAUGAUUCAAAAGACUGCACAUUUAGUCAUGGGACACAGUCUAACCAUUUUGACAACUCACAGUGUUGUGGCUUAUGUGAAUUCACAAAGCUUCACUAUGACUGCACUCAGACAACACAGGCUGUCCAAAAUUUUGGAAGCACCCAACAUCACAUUUACACAUGAAGGUGUGAACAUGGCAGAUGGCAUGACGGAUGGCGAACCUCAUCAAUGUGAAGAAUUGGUUUCCAGGAUGGAGAAGGUGAGACCAGAUCUAGAGGCUAGUCCUAUUGAAGGCCCACAGGUGAGACAGUUGUUCACAGAUGGCUGUUGUUUCAGACAUGAAAGUGAAGGACUCAGGGCAGCCUAUUCUGUUGUUGUACGAAUAGGCUUAGGAUUUGUAACAAGGAAGGCAGAAAGGUUACAAGGACCUCAGUCAGCGCAGAGAGCAGAGCUAAUAGCGGUGAUUGAGGCAUUAAAGUUGGCAGAACAUCAGGAGGUAAAUGUAUAUUCAGAUUCAGCAUAUGCCACAGGUGCAGUUCAUGCGGAGUUAUGUCAGUGGUUGAGAGCAGGAUUUUUGACAGCGGGGGGUAAACCUAUAAAACACGAGAUAGAAAUGAGAGAGCUGGCCGAUGCUUUGUUAUUACCGGCCAGAAUUGCCGUGAUAAAGUGCAAAGGACAUGAUAACAGUAAUUCAGCCAUUGCAUUAGGGAAUCAGGCUGCAGACCAGGCUGCCAAAGCAGCCGCUGGAUAUGCACCUCAGAUGAUGAUGGUGACGGUGGAAGAUGAGCUGAGAGAAGAGUUGAGCAUGAGUAACAUUAAACUGUUGCAGAGCAGAGCAGCUCCGGAGGAGAAGAAUAUGUGGAGGCUCAGAGGAGCCUCAGAGCAGGAAGGUUGCUGGAGAGGGCCAGAUGGCAGACUGGUUUUUCCUCCAGGUUUGAAACAGAAGCUUUUUUCUGAGGCACAUGGUGUUGGACAUGUGGGUGUCAGACAGAUGAUGGACAACCUGAACCAUUGGUGGCAUCCAUUCAUGUCAGAUAUGGUCAAACAUUUUGUAAAAAGUUGUUCACUGUGUGGGCAAUUUAACUCAAAGAAGACUUUGAAACCUUUGCAGGGCAGAUUUCCUUUGAUCACAGUUCCUGGGAAGGAAGUGAUUCUUGAUUAUACGGACAUGGUGACCCCUGCUGGUGGUUUUAAGUAUUUGUUGGUGUGUGUGGACGCUUUUACAGGAUGGCCAGAGGCCUGGCCUGCUAGAAGAGAGGACAGCAAAACUGUGAUAAAAUGCCUCAUUAACCAUUACAUUCCCAGGCACGGGUUCCCUGAAAAGAUCAGGACUGACAAUGGAACCCACUUCAAGAACCAGGACCUGCAACGAGUGGAGUCCAGUUUAGGGCUCACACACAGGUUUGGCACUGUGUAUCGCCCCCAGUCGCAGGGCAAAGUGGAGAGAAUGAACCAGAACUUGAAGAAUAAGUUGGCUAAAAUCUGUGCGCAAAUGAAACUAUCAUGGGUUGAUGCCUUGCCUCUCGCUCUGAUGUCAAUCAGGUCUUCGGUUAAUUCAACCACAGGAUUUACUCCUUACGAGCUGGAGACGGGAAGAAGCUUUCCUGGGCCCCAACGUCGACCACCGGGAACUGCAGACGACCUGCAGAGUCUGACAAGUAAGGAGUACUUCUCACAGUUGCAGGCUGUGCUGGAGGCGUACACCAAGAUCCGUGGACAUCCCAAGGAAGGAGAAAGAGGAACGCCACCUCCCGACGUCGACUGGGUUUGGCUCAAGGUCAUCAAAAGAAAGUGGUCAGAGCCGAGGUUCACGGGACCCUUCAAGGUGAUCGAGAGAACCUCACAUGCGGUGAGGUUGGGAGGAAAAGGUAAUACGUGGUUUCAUUGGAGCCAGUGUGCACCAGCAGCAGAACCUCAGAGGUCGUUGACGGAGGUUCAGGAGGUUUAAAGGAGCGGAUCAGCUGAUUGGGCUCAGUCAGCUGUGCAUAGAACCAGACUCAGGGUCAGAAUAAAGCCCUCUGGUUCUUGACACCACAGGCAGUCUACCUGUGUGUUGAAGUUCCUGCCUGCAGAUUCAUCACGUUGUAUUGAGUGGCUGUGGGACGCCACCCUUCUUCUACGAACGUCUGGAAGAAAGAAGUUGAUGUCAUUGUAAAAAAAAACAAAAAACAAAAAAAAAACGAAAACCUUGUAAUCAUUUGUGGUUUUAUAUGCUUUUUAUCUUUCUAGCUUUAAAUAUAACAGAUGUUUUGAUCUACUUUUUACAAUAUUUUUUGAUUUUAUAUUUCUAUAAUAUUUGACUUGUUUGGACUGGUACACAGUCAUUAGGUUACAUUUGCCGGUGAAGGACCUUUGUGGUAAGCUGGUAAUAGUUUUAGGAUUUGUUUGAUCUUACAAGGGGGUUGUUUUUGUUUCAUUUUUUUGUCAUAACCUUCUUUUUCAGGUGUGGGGGCCAGUGUACCCUUGGUCUAUAGAUUCUCCUUUUUAAUAUAUAUUUUUUAGGAUAUUCCGGUUUUUGUAUGAAGUUAAACAUGGGGCAGAAAUUGGGUACUGGAUUGGUUCAGCGGCAGCUGACGUUGGGUUUAUGGGUUUUACUUCUUAUGUUGUGCAUGCUUGUUUUCAGCAUUGUUAUUCGAGGAGCAGGUGCUGCUGAUCCUAUCAGGCGUCAGGAGCGGGCCAUUCAGGAUACAGAUGAUUGUCUGACUCAACAUCGUGGUAUUGAACUGCAUUACACUUUGGGUACAAGGAUUGUAUUUGAAUUCGAUUUAAGCUCAGUGGUAGAUUGUGGUAGUGACCCAUCAGUCUGGCAGGACUCUGAUGUUUAUGCUUGUGUGUCUCCGAAGGGUAUUCCAGAACCUCCUUCUCGUUGGUGUUACUACUGGGUUUAUAUGAGAUGGCAUACCGGAAAUAAGGCUGUUCCGGUUCGCCAUGGUGGGUUUGAUAAAUUAUUACAAGAGGCAUUAACCAUUACUAGAGGUUCUCAUCGGGUGGAACCAGGUGUUAAUCCUAUUAUCCUGACCAUUUCUGGGUUGAACAUUAAUCCUUAUUUUGGGGCAUACACUGGGGUUUAUUCUGCAUUUAAUAGUGGAGUUAGUAAGCCCAAACCUUGUAGUAUUAGUCCGUCAGGCUUUUAUCUUGUUCUUGGAGCAGGUUCACCGAAUGACGGUCCUGUUGGUUUGCUUAAACUUUCUCUACAUCAUGCGACUACUUCUGGUGAACUGAUUAGUUCACCAGAAAGGGGGAGAGACUUAUCCUUUUCAGGAGGACCUAAUGUAGAUUAUAAUAAAUUGACCCCUGGUAACAUUCUUAAGAGUUCUACAGGGGAUAGGAGACGUAAUUUGUGGGUUUCUUGGAUGGCUCAGACUGCCAGACAAUAUACGGCUGAGAGCUGUGUAGCAUGUGCCGCAGCUAGGCCAAUUUUAACAACAGAACCAGCACCUUUGUUUCCUUUUGAGGAUCCUACAGGAUAUAAUUGCAUUUUAGGGUUGACAAAAGGCCGCUCGGUGGGGUGUGAGUUCUAUCAUGAUCUUUUCCCACCUAUAAACAACGACACUAUCCCUGGGCCAUUUACUCCUGGUAAUCAAAAUAAGCAAUAUGUGUGUUUUAAUUUCACAGGGUGGGGGAUAGAAGUUACGUCCAGGGUAGGAGUAAUUCCACCUGAAUGGUGUCAAUGGGUGUUUCCUGUGAAAGAUAUAGCAACUUGGGCAAGAGCUGGUUUGUAUUAUUAUUGUGGCGGAAAACAGUUGUUUGUCCGGAUCCCUUUUGACUCUGUGGGUGUGUGUGCCAUGGUAAGGUUGGUGGCACCACUGUUGUUAAUGGGACCGGGUUUAAAUCAGGAACACUUGUUACAUAGAAUUAAGCGUAGUUCUGAUUUUGAUUUGGCACGUAAUUCUCCUACAUACAUAGAUUCGAUCGGGGUCCCCAGGGGGGUUCCCGACAGGUAUAAGUUGGUAGAUCAGGUUGCAGCAGGUUUUGAAUCCAUAUUCCUUUGGAUUACUCCUAAUAAGAAUGUUGAUAGAAUUAAUUACAUACAUUACAAUGUGUUACGUUUGUCUAAUCUGACUAGAGAUGCAGUUGAGGGGCUAGCUGAACAAUUAGCUCCUACCUCUCUUAUGGCUGUUCAGAAUAGGAUGGCACUGGAUAUGCUUUUGGCGGAAAAAGGGGGUGUUUGCGCCAUGUUUGGAGAUAUGUGUUGUACGUUUAUUCCUAAUAAUACAGCACCGGAUGGCUUGGUGACUAAAGCUUUAGAAGGUUUGAGGACUCUGAGUAAAACGAUGCAUGAACAAUCAGGAAUAGAUAAUCCUUUGGAUAAAUGGCUGACACAGGCUCUGGGUAAAUGGAAGAACUUAAUUCUUUCUAUGAUGCUUUCUCUGUCAGUAUUUUUGGCAAUUUUGGUUACGUGCGGCUGCUGCUGUGUCCCCUGUUUGAGAACUCUCGCUGUUCGCUUUAUUGUCACUACUCUUGAAAAGGGCACAGUUUCCUCGUCUUCUCCCAAUAAUCAGAUGUUACAGGUGGGGACAGAACCUUCUCUACAGGAUGUGAGAUUGGAGUUGGUUCAGUAUCAUGGGGUGAUAUAAUGAGAUUUUUCCGGUAUUAUCCUGUUUGAUUUUCUGUUGUUCUAUGCAGAUAUAUUGUUUUGCAUGUGUUUGAUUUUGUGAUACUGCCUUAUUAGUUACUGCGGUAUGUUUUUUUUACAUUUUUAUGCUGAUUAUGAGUUACUCAUUUAAUUUCUUCUGAUUUAUUUCACUGUGUUGAUUUUGAUGUGUUUGACUUGCUAAGGUUAAAUUUUGCAUGCUUUGUUUCUGAUGUUUGCUCCAGUGUGUUUCUCAGAUUCACAGGGGUGUUUUUUCUGUGUCUCAUAUUCUUAGUUUAUGCUUUUAUAUUUAGUACCUGCAUUUUUGUGUGGACUCUCUUUGUGAGAGUCCAAAAGGGGGAUUGUUAUGGAAAUAUAAUCAUAUAUAUAUAUAUAAUAGUGUAGCUUAAAGUAAUACAGAUGUUAACUUUAACCCAGUAACCUAAAGAAAUGGAUGUGUGUGAAAAACAAAGGGUGCAUGCAAACUUCAGAUAGAUACCAGGAGCAGGAAGCACCAAGGCCAUAUGGCAGUCUUGUAAGUGAUAACACUGUUAAAAUGCUUGCAUGAGGGUGUAUGUUGUUGCAGUCAAACUCCCAGGAACCAAGCUAGGAGAUAGAUUAUAUUCAAAAGUCAAAGGUUAAGAAACAGAUGUGUGCAGCAGACUGAAUGUCUCAUGUAGGUCCAGCCCCGCUUGGACUGUCUGUGUUAAAAGGGGGGGGAUAACGUGUAUGUGUUGAGACAGGCUUCAGACACAGGCAGAGAACUUAAGGUAUUCGAUGCUGUGAUAAACGUGUAAGUGUCUCCCACUUUGGAAUUCCAAAUUGUAAUAAAUAUAUGUUUAACUGUU